AUGUGGGACCCAACAGUGUUCAGACAAUCAGGGGUUAUUAAAAACAGGAACUACCUGGUAGUUUCGGGGAUUAUAAUCGGUUCUAGGGAGUGUGUAAAUGUGGUUAAUACGUAUGCUCCUAAUGAUCCGAUCAGUAGGAGACAUUUGUGGAUGGAGUUCUGCUAUCUAAAGGGGUCGUUGCAUGGUAGUUGGGUAUUUUUGGGAGAUUUUAACGAAGUCCGGUGCUCCGAAGAACGAUUAAAUUCGGAGUUUAACUCGGUAAAUUCUGGAUUAUUCAAUGACUUAAUACGUGGGGCUGGGCUACAUGAGCAUAAUAUGGGACACACUUUUACCUAUAUGUCGGAUAAUGGCAAGAAGUUAAGCAAAUUAGAUAGAUUCUUGGUGUGUGAUGGAUUCUUGAGGAGGUGGCCGAGUGCAACUGUAGUUGCUCUAUCCAGAUAUAUUUCCGAUUACUGCCCUAUAAUGUUAUCCGUGGUAGCUCAUGAUUUUGGACAUAUUCCGUUUCGAUUAUACAACACAUGGUUGGAUCUACUGGGGUUCGAGGAGUAUGUUAAUGGCUUGUGUGGGUCGUUUGUGUUUCACGGGGCACCAGACCUUGCACUUGUCACAAAGUUGAAAUUUCUUAAAAACCGUAUUAAAGUUUGGGUGGCCAACGAGAAGGGGAAACUAGAUGACGCGUAUGAAAAGAAGAAGGUGGAGGUGGAUCAUUUAGAAGCCACGACCAAAAUAUGGUCGUUGCUCCCUACUAAACUACAACAAAGACUUGCGGGUAAGGCUUUUAUUCUUGACUAUGAUAGAUCUAAGCAAUUGGAUGUUCUGGAUUAUUCAAUGACUUUAUACGUGGGGCCGGGCUACAUGAGCAUAAUAUGGGGGGACACACUUUUACCUAUAUGUCGGAUAAUGGCAAGAAGUUAA